CACUCAGGCCGGGUGAGGGAUGGGCACGGAGUGCGGGGCGAGCCUUCGGCGGCAGAGGCCUGCGUGACGUUGCACCAGCCUGAGGCACGCCGUGCGUUCUCCCGGGGAAGUUGUCCCUGGAUCACGGGACCCUGGCAGUGGCGGGCUGCACAGGCUCCCAGGAGGGGCGAUGUGGACAGUGACCUAGGCUCGCACACAGGCUUCUUGUUGGCGGCAGCAGCAGCAGCCUUAGCAUCUCAUGCCCGUCUCUGGGGUCCGCGCUCUUAGUCGCAGCUCGCGCCCGUCUCUGGAGCUUCUUUAAGCAGCGCUCUUAAUCCCCUCUCCUCGCGCACCAGGAAACAAAGAGCAGCUGACCCAGAUCUCUGUCAGAAAGUUGAACAGGUACAAAAAGAGGAACCUAUAACCAGAUACUCAAAGCCAGUUUGGAAAACACGAAGUAGUCUGUAAACUUGGUAAGAUACUACUGAAGACCUUUCCAAAUGCAUGGGAACCUAGAAGAGGCAUAAGGGAACUGGAGCUGCCCAGCAUCACGUGAUGUAAAGACUUAAGGAUCUUCACAGCCUGUCAUUUUGGUCACUGGAACUACUAUCUAACAACCAUGGUUUCAAAUUUUGAUUUUGCAUCCGUUACCUGUCAGCCUGUUUAAAAUGGCUGCAAGGCGCCACCCCGGAAGAUUCUGAUUCAGAUGGUCUGGGGCAGGGCCCAAGGAAUCUGUAUCUUAAGAAGACCCCUUCAAGAGAUUCUGGUGCACAGGGAAGCAAGAGAACCCCUGGUAUACAGAACUCAAAUACGAUUAUCAUGCUGGGGCGUGGUACCGCUUCAAUCCAUCAUAACUUUUCAUCCAAACUGGUCUGGGUACUUCCGAAAGCAGAGAUUCCUUCCAUAGGGAUUACCCCGAAGAAGGAAAUAACUGCUUCCCGCACAGGUAAAACAAAAGAGGCGAAUAAACCUGCCGAAUCAUUUCGGCUGCUUCCAAUACUAAUCCCCUGCUAUGUUUUGUAAUUUCUAAUCUGGCAGGUUUACUUUUCCAGGAGAAAUGUAAAUUACGGCAGAGAUGCUUGAUACAUGCCCGGGUCCUUGUUAACCUUCCUAGGGCCGAAGAGGGUCGCCAAACGUGGAACGGAAUAGCGGCCCGGGGAGAAGAUGAAGCCGAUGGCAGGAAGGUCGUUUGGUUUUACGCCCUCCUCUCAAUCCUUCAACUUUCCUCCCCUCUCUCUUCUUGUGACCUUGUCAGGACUCCGUGACCUUGUCAGGACUCCAUGGCCUGAGCGCCCGCCCUCUCAAUCCCUCCUCACCCACCCCGCUCUACGAGUUCCCCGAAGUCGGCCCCAGCCCCGUCCCUCCCCAGCUCCAUCCGCGAGGCUUCGCUCCUCAAGCCUUUGCUGCAUCCCCUCAUAGGCUCCGUACGCCCUCACCAGCCUCCCCUGCACCGCGAGGUGGGACCUGAGCCCCGCCAACCAGACUUCGCCCCCUUCAGCCCAGGCAUCGCCCCCACUCCCAGUCCUGCGAUCCUCAACCCUCCCAAGGUGCUCUCAGCCUGGCCCAGCGCGGCCUCACUUCUUCCCAUCCCACUGCCCGGCGUCCCCCGCUCCCAAAACCCCGGCAUGCAUCACUUACAACUGCACGACGUCGCAGGUUCCUACCGGCUCCUACCAGCUGCUGACCCACCUCGCGCACCAGCAGUCUGCCCGGCUUUUCCCAGUUCCGCCCACAGCUGGCCUCAGCCAAUCAGAAGCCAGUGGCUGGUACGCCAGUGUCGGUGCCGGCGGGUAAUUUGACUAGAUUACGCAAAGAAAGAAUUGAUCACUGGAAGCAAAAGCUUUCUGUUCACCACAGGUGAACAGCUCUUUCCACCAGACAGGAUAAACACGAUUUUCCACCUGGGCUCCGCAGCUGGCUCCUGGUACUUGGUAUGAUGGAGAGUACCGUGGUUAUGCAUGAACGUUGGGUUACAAGCACCCUGGCAUCAGAACCUCUGUUAAACAUUUUCGCCCACAGCACCUGAUGGUGUGCUGCACAUGGAAAAUACUUGUUGACUCAAGACUAUCUCUCUGCAGAGGAAAUACAGAGAGCAGAGAAACGUGUUAAACAGCACCGUGAGGAUGCAACCAGCACAGUCCAGAUGCCGGGAAAUUUACGUACAGGAUAAACAACCAAGUUGCAAGGAAAAGCAAAACGAUAGAGGUGGAGAGGGAACCUACAGAUCUAAAAAUACUUAAAUAUAUAUAUCAACCACUAACGGCUCUGUUGUGAGCACCGGUUUCCAAGCCCUACACGAUGUCGUCUUUGCUUGGAGCCUGAGGGUGCGUGCAAGCUGCUGCUGUUUGCCGUCCCUGACCUCGGGCUGGCCAGGCAUCCUGGCUUCAGUCAUGUCCUCAUGGGCAAAGUCCCAGAGCCAAUAACAGUGUUCCAGCUGAUGGAGUACGGAUGUCAUCGGGUCCGACCCUCUACAACUGCUCUCCAGAGAAGCCCCAGGGAGUAAAGUCUUUGUGUCCAGCAGCACUGGGAGCAGUCUUAGGUAAAAAGCUCCAGCACUGGAUGUGUCCUCCCGCCAUGGCCGCCACCGCCUCUCCUCUGCCACCCAGCACCAAGGUGGCCAGUUCUGAGAACAGCAGCUCCUUCUAUGACUAUGAGUACUUCCUGGGCGACGUGGCCUUCAUGCUCUGCAGGAAGGACGAGGUGCUGUCGUUUGGCAGAGUCUUUCUGCCACUCUUCUAUGGCCUGAUCUUUGUGCUGGGCCUCAGCGGGAACCUCCUUCUCCUAGUGGUCUUGCUCCGGUAUGUGCCUCGAAGGCGGAUGACCGAGAUCUAUCUGCUGAACCUGGCCAUCUCCAACCUCCUGUUUCUGGUGACGCUGCCCUUUUGGGGCAUCUCUGUGGCCUGGCAUUGGGUCUUUGGGAGUUUCUUAUGCAAGGUGGUGAGCACCCUCUACACCAUUAACUUCUACAGCGGCAUCUUCUUCAUUAGCUUCAUGAGCCUCGACAAGUACCUGGAGAUUGUUCACGCUCAGCCCCACCACCGGCUGAGGACCCGGGCCAAGAGCCUGCUCCUCGCAGCUGUCGUGUGGGCUGUGGCCCUGGCUGUCUCCAUCCCCGACAUGGUCUUUGUGAGGACGCAGGAAAACGCCCCAGGCGUGUGGGACUGCUUUGCGGAUUUUGGGGGGCACGGGACCAUCUGGAAGCUCUUCCUCCGCUUCCAGCAGAACCUCCUGGGGUUUCUCCUCCCCCUGCUUGCCAUGAUCUUCUUCUAUUCCCGCAUUGGCUCCGUCUUGGCCAGGCUGAGGCCCCCAGGCCAGAGCCGGGCUCUGAGGAUGGCCAUAGGCCUGGUGGUGGCCUUCCUUGUGCUGUGGUUCCCGUACAACGUCACCUUGUUUCUGCACUCGCUGCUGGACCUGCAAGUCUUUGGGGACUGCAAGGUCAGCCAGCACCUGGACUAUGCGCUGCAGGUGACAGAGAGCAUCGCCUUCCUCCACUGCUGCUUCACCCCCGUCCUCUAUGCGUUUUCCAGCCGCCGCUUCCGCCAGUACCUCAAGGCUUUCCUGGCCACUGUGCUCAGACGACACCAGGCUCCUUACCUUGCCCAGACCCCACCGUCCAGCUAUUCUGAGAGUAGUAGGCUCAGUGGCCAAGAAGAUAUAACUGGCAUGAAUGACCUCGGGGAGAGGCAGGCUGAGGACUCCCCCAACAAGGGGGACACAAGGAAAAAUUCAGCCUGAGUGGCCACACCACAGUCCAUGAGAGCAGAUGGGACCCAGCUCAGCUGUGCGUCCACCAAAGUCCUCCCUUCAGAGGUCUCAGUGACCAUGUUGCUAAACCAGUCAGUUCUUGGUCCUCAGCCAUCAGCAGCGUUCACUGUCUCCUGUCUUCUCCCUCCUCUUUCUCCACUGCCUUCCAGGACUCCAUACUCGCUGGCCUGAAUGGCUGCCGUAGUUUUCCAGCUGACCUCUGUGCUUCCUAUCCUCGUGCUCUCAUCCAAUCUACACCCAGCAACCAGAGUAACCACAACACCCUCAGCCAUCUCUCCCAUCCCCCUCAGAGUAGCCCGAGGCCUGCCACCCACCAGACUUCCGCCUUCCCUGUGGCUCAGCUGGGGGAAUAUUACUGCAAGACUGUUUGCUAUCACAGCCUUGAAGGUGGAUCCAGGGUCUGGCAGUCAGGAGGGGCUGGAGGUGCUCCACACAUGGGAGUCUGCGGGUGGGAGGCAGAGUGAACACGUGUUCCUGGUGGUCCAGGAGCAUCUGCCUCCCUCUGCCUCCCACGCUCCCUCUCAGGAGGCCUCAGGGCUCCCUAGACCCUGCACUAUCAAGUCCAGAACGUUUGUCCAAUUUAAGCCUGGAGCUUUCACAAUUAGAAUCCCAUACACCGUUUCACGCUUGUACUCCUUCACCUCCCUUUUCAUUUCCUGGUUGCCACGCCCAUUGUUCUUUCCUGCAGGUUCCAGUCUUUGCUUUUGCGCUUUCUGGCUCCCUUAUGGAACAGGGAUCAUUUUCCAGCCAGGUAUCCCCUCACCCUUGUCGUGUAACUGAAUCCUACUUGCUCUGGGAAACCACUCCGGGGUCACUCUGCCCUGUGCUUAGGGUGGAGGUUGGGUAGAGCAUGGGUCUUUGAUCAGUGAUGACCUUAUGUUUCCCUGGCACAGUGAUUCAUUUAUGGAUGGACACAUGACCCAGGCAGAGCUUGUGAAAUGUUACGUGACUAGAGCAUGCUAGAACAGAGGCAUGAAACUGAAGCCAAGGGGAUGUGAGGUCUGGAGCUGCUCCUUCAUUGGCUCAAACUUCAGAAGGUGAGGUGACAGCAGUGAGUGAGCAGAUCCUGGGGGCAGCGCUCGAGCCCUAGAAUCAAGGCACGGCUGAAGCUCAUCCCAAGCCUGGACUUGACAGUGACACGAACCAAUAAAUUCUUUUCCAGUU